AUGGCAAACAUAACACGGAAGGGACAAGUGUACAGUGUUGGUAAUUACCUAAUGACUGGUAAAGUAUUAGGGAAAGGACACUUUGCAAGAGUUGAAGAGGCAACGCAUAGAAUAAUAGGAAAAAAGGUAGCCAUUAAAAUAAUCGAUCUAACCUGUAUAAAAGAGGAGUACGCCCGCCGAAAUUUACAUCGGGAGCCGAAAGUGAUGGCGAAACUACGACAUCCUUGUAUCGCCGCGUUAUAUGAGACUAUGAUGCACGGGCCCCGGCUGUAUGUAGUGAUGGAGGCGGCGGGUGGAGGAGAUCUUUGCGCUUAUGUGCUUUCAUCGCGAGGGACUACUCGGGGCCUGGCCGAAGGGAGGGCGAGAGCUCUGGCGGCGCAGCUUGUGUCCGCCGUGAGACACAUGCAUGCCAGGGGUGUGGUACACCGUGAUCUCAAAAUGGAAAACAUCAUGUUAGACAGCACGAAACAGUUUAUCAAAAUCGUUGACUUCGGAUUGUCGAACGUGUGGAAUGUCAGUGGAGCGCUUCGCACGCCGUGCGGCUCGCUGGAGUACGCGGCGCCGGAGUUGUUUGUUGACGGACGCCGCUACGGGCCCGAAGUGGACUUGUGGAGCAUCGGCGUCAUCGUGUACGGAAUGGUGACUGGCAGUCUGCCGUUCACGGACGCCGGCGUGAAGGAGGGCCAGUCGCGGCCGCAGCUGAGGGCGGCCAUCGCGAGAGGCUUCACGCGCAAGCAGCGCACCGCUCUGGCCUGCGUCUCCAGCGAGUGUAAGACGUUUAUCCAACACCUGCUUGAGCCCAACGUGGAGCUGAGGAUGAAGAUAGAGGAAGCCGCCAGGCACCGGUGGAUCCGGAAGCCUGGUAUGAGAAUGAAGACCCAUCCACUCACAGCUCCCGAAGCCAAAAUAAACAGAGAGAUAUGCAACCAGGUGGCCGAGCUCUGUGGCCAGACGCGAGUGGACGUCAUCUCGGAGAUCAAGGCCGACCCCUUCGGCCCCGUGGCGGGGAUGUACAACAUAAAGACGCACUUGCACCAGAUGAACGCCGUCGCCGGUGCGGACAUGCUGUGGUCGACGAACACGGCGGAGGCCAGGCCGCCGUCCCCGCCCGGGUACAGGGCCCGCAGCGAGCUGGAGGCCUCGACCGGCAACAGAAGACGUGGACCCCGCACCGCGGCCCAACGGGUCCGUCAAACCCACGGGCACAUCGACCCCGCCCAGGACGCUAAGCAAAGACCGAACGAGAAGAUCGCCGACCGUUUGAAACAUCCCACCCAAGACGCUGUCAGGCAAAGACCCAGCGAAAAGACCGCCGACCGAGCGAGGGACGCGACGAAGGGUCAAGCGCUCGAUGCCGCGCUAAUAAGCGCUGCGCCGCUGCACCGGUGCGUUUCGAGGAAGUCGAUAGCGGCCUACGACGGCGGCGACUGCGCCGCCAACCCUCGGCUGCCGAGCAUCGAGGAGCAUUCGAGCGCGGACGUGGACGAGGCGAGACGCGACCCUAGGCGCUUCGCCUGCGGCGCCAUCUUGAGGAGGCUGAACGGGCAAGAAGAUCGCAACCUGCGCCUCGGCAGCUGUCACGUGGAGCACAAGAGGUCCGACUUCUACAGGCGGGCAGGAGACGGACUGCCGAGCUGGCGGGCAAGUGGUGCGGUGCCAACACCACCAGCUCGCCUCCUCAUACAAACUGCCGCAACUGGCAUAAAGAGAGCUUCGCUAGGCAACAUCAUAAGCCCGCACUCUUCUACCAAGAGCCACUGUAAAAGUGAGAGAGCAAUGCCGGUGGGCUGGUUUUCCAACGGGGGCCAAUCGGGCAGGGAGGCUAUCCACACGCGGAUUAGGAGAACGGCCCCAAUGAAUCGGGACAUAAAGAUGUCAAGAAGUAGUAUAACGGGCAAAAGUAGUGCACACAUGCGACGUAGCGGGAAUGGGAGCAUAAGAGACCGGGAGUGUGUUGGGGACCCGAGGGAAUUUUCUGAUCGAGGGCGUGCGGAUAAUGGGUGGGGGCUUGUGGGUGCUGGGGGUUUGCGCAUGCAGGGGCUUGUGUAUGCGGGGGCUAGUGGAUACGGGGGCUUGUGGGUGCUGGGGGUUUGCGCAUGCGGGGGCUUGUGGAUACGGGGGCUUGUGGGUGCUGGGGGUUUGCGUAUGCAGGGGCUUGUGGGUGCUGGGGGUUUGCGCAUGCGGGGGCUUGUGGAUACGGGGGCUUGUGGGUGCUGGGGGUUUGCGCAUGCGGGGGCUUGUGGAUACGGGGGCUUGUGGGUGCUGGGGGUUUGCGCAUGCGGGGGCUUGUGGAUACGGGGGCUUGUGGGUGCUGGGGGUUUGUGUAUGCAGGGGUUGUGGGUGCUGGGCGUUUGCGUAUGCAGGGGCUUG